CUAAGUUUUGACAACGGUUCGUUACAGAUUGACGUGUAAAUCGAAAACAGGAAAACAAUUUUUACAUUAAUUGAUAUUGAGUGAUAAGUUCAACUACAAGAAAAUGAAGUCUGUGCGUAUAAAACCGGCAAGUUCAGCUCGUAAACCAACAAGCCGUCCAAAAUGCAACAAUAUGCUAUCUAAAGAUCCAGUUCAAGUUUAUUGUCGUUUACGGCCAAUGCAACAUCCUACAGAUGUAUCAUGUAUGAAAGUUAUAUCGAACACCACUUUGGCUAUCACACCACCAGAAUCAUCAAUGAAUUUUCGUAAUUGUAGCAACAAAGAGAUUCAAACAACAUUUAGUCGUGUAUUUACUCCUGAAGCAACACAGAAAGAGAUUUUUAAUAUAGUUGCUCUCCCCUUAGUUGAAAAUAUUAUUCGUGGUAAAAAUAGCCUUUUGUUUACUUAUGGAGUAACAGGUAGUGGUAAAACAUAUACAAUGACUGGUGAGGCACAAGAUGUUGGUAUAAUGGCUCGGUGUCUUGACGUUAUUUUUAACAGUAUUGCUAAUUAUCAAACAAAAAAGUUUAUUUUUAAGCCAGACAAAUUAAAUGGCUUUGAUGUACAAAGUGAUGCUGAUGCAAUGCUUGAUAGGCAAAAUGAACUUCAUGCAGGAAUUAUGUCUCAGAGAAAUGGAAAAUCGGGCAGAAUACGUAAAGCUGACAGUGAUACUGACAGUAAUCCAAUGAUGGUUCGUGAGGUUGAUGAAUCGCAAGUAAUAAUAGUGGAUCAGGACAAUGCCUAUGCAGUAUUUGUUACUUAUGUUGAAAUAUAUAAUAAUAGUGUAUAUGAUUUGUUGGAGGAUGAUGAAAUUAGAGCUAAAACAUUACAGAGUAAAAUAGUUAGAGAAGAUGGCAAUAAAAACAUGUAUGUACAUGCUGUAACAGAAAUUGAAGUAAAAAGCUCAGAAGAAGCAUUUGAAGUAUUUCAACGCGGUCAACGCAGACGAAGAGUUGCACAUACUGCUCUUAACGCAGAAUCGAGCAGAUCGCAUAGUGUCUUUACAAUUCGUCUUGUACAGGCACCCUUAGAUUGCGAAGGUGAACAAAUUAUACAAGACAAACGUGUAGUAUGUAUCACUCAGUUGUCUUUAGUAGAUUUAGCUGGCAGUGAAAGAACCAAUCGGACAAAAAAUACAGGGCAACGGCUAAGAGAAGCAGGUAAUAUUAAUAAUUCCUUGAUGACACUUCGAUCGUGUUUGGAAAUUUUAAGAGAGAAUCAAAUCCAGGGUACAAAUAAAAUGGUACCCUACAGGGAUUCAAAACUUACUCAUUUGUUCAAAAAUUACUUUGAUGGAGAAGGACAAGUGAGGAUGAUUGUCUGUGUUAAUCCAAGGGCGCAAGAUUUCGAUGAGACAAUUCAAGUUAUGAAAUUCGCGGAAAUGACUCAGGAAGUUCAAGUCGCUCGACCAACAGUCACAAAAGUAGAUCUUGGUUUCACACCUGGAAGAAGACAGGCAAAUAAACUGUUUAAGGAAGCGCGCAGUAAAUUAGAAAAGGGAGGUCGGCUCGAAGCUGCCGAUCUAGAGAUCGAUGUAGCUUUGGUAUAUAGUUUGGGUGGUCCAUUUCCUGAGUUGGAACUUAAUUCUCCAUGUAAUGAUCAAAUAAUUACUAAUUUGAUGCAUUACUUGGAACAGCGCAUUAAUAAUCGGAAUUUGUUACGCGCUGAUGUGCAACAAAAACAAAACGAUUUUAGAAAGAUGUUAAUGACAAUAGAACAAGAAAAUUUGAAUUUUAAAAUUGAAAAUGCUUCUCUAAAAGCAACUAAUUCACAACAGAAAAAAAAGGUUUCCGCAUUGGAAGGUCAUUUAUGUAAAACUGAAGAACAAAUUAAUAGUUUGCUUCGUAAACUAAAUCACGCAAAUGAUACAAUACGUACUUUGCAGCAAGAGUUAAAAGAUAGAGACAUGGCGUUAAAUCAACGUUUGAUAGAUAAACAAAGAGUGAAGCAAAAAUAUAAUACCAAAAUGCAAGUGGAAACUGACAAAAUGAAUAGAGAAUUAGAAGUAAAGUUACGUCAGCAACGUGAACAGUUACAGAAUCAAAUGAAGGAAAAGGAAGAUAAAUUGAGACUGGUCAAACAAAUUCUAGUCGAUGAUAAUGGUAUUUCCACGCCUGUUGCUUCCAAAGAUCGAGUUCCUGCUACACCUGCCUCGGAAGCGCCUACAAAAAUGACGGAUGCUCGAUCGCGAAGGGAUAAAAUUACUGUUUCAAAUCUAAGGCAUAGACGCUCACAAAGUGCUGACAGAUGGGUUGAUCACAGACCAGGAGCACUUGUUCCUCUGGGAACUGUAUUUCAACCAUUAAUGCGUAGGAGACGUAGUAUUACACAACUUACAGAUCCAAAAGAGAUUACGGAUGGUGCAUCUAGAUAUUGUCUCGUCGCGCAAGAACACGACACGGAUGGUGAACUCGAAACAAAGCUGUACAAGGGAGAUAUAUUACCAACUAGUGGAGGAGGUGCACAAGUUGUAUUUAAUGAUAUGGAAUGUUUAAAGCAAUUAUCUCCGAAGGCAAGAAAACGCAGCGGCCCGCAAGAUACAAAUAAUAUAAAUGAAAUAGGAACGCCAAAUCAUUCAUGUACACUCGUGGAAGCUCAUUCGAAGAGGCCACGGGUGGUAAAUUAACGAAUAGACGUAGUAA